ACCUGCCUGCGGGUUUGCCACUUGAGCGCGACCACGACCACAAAAUCGAGUUGGAGCCCGGCGCGCAACCGAUUGUUCGGACUCAAUGGCGGUUGACUCAGCCCGAGCUAGAUGAACUUCGAUGCCAGCUGGACUACCUGUUUGAGAAAGGUUUCGUUCGCCCUAGCACUUCCCCAUUUGCAGCUCCGAUCCUGUACACCCUGAAGAAAGAUGGCGGUCUACGAAUGUGUAUUGACUACCGCGCCUUGAAUCGGGUUACCAUCAAGUCCCGCUACCCUAUCCCGCGUGCCGACGAACUCAUCGACCAACUUUGUGGAGCCAAGUUCUUUUCGAAAAUUGACCUGCGAGGCAGUUACCAUCAGAUCCGCGUGAACGAAGCUGACUAUUACAAGACGGCGUUUCGGACCCGGUACGAAAGUUAUGAGUACACGGUUAUGCCAUUUGGCUUGACAAACGCGCCUUCAACGUUCCAGUUAGCCAUGAACGAUGUUUUUGGCCGCUGCUGUAUAAAUGCGUUAUUGUGUACCUCGACGACAUCAAAGGCAAGUUUUAUGAGUGGGGGGGAGAGCAGUAGGCUGCGUUCGAACAGUUUCAAACUUUUCCUGACUACACCUCUGGUUCUUCGAAUUGCAGAUCCUCACCGUCCGUUCGAGCUCAUCACCGACGCUAGCGACCUGGCUGUUGGCGCAUUACUGUUACAAGACUUCGACGAAGGCCUUCGACCCAUCGCCUACGAGUCACGAAAGCUGAACUCGGCCGAGCGAAAUUAUCUUUACGAAGAAUACCACGACUCGAAGAAUACCACGACGUCCUGUACGCAGGACACUUCCGGUAGCAACAAGACGCUUACCGGUAUCGCCAAACACUACUACUGGCCCCAUAUGGCCGAUGACGUACAGAAAUUCGUCACCUCGUGCACCACAUGUCAGCGGAUGAAGAGCAGCAAGCAGAAAAAAGCGGGUCUGCUACAGCCUCUUCCUGUCCCAAAACAGCCAUGGCAAGAGGUAAGCCUAGACUUCAUCACCGAGCUACCAACUACCACAAGCGGUCAUGACGCGAUCCUCGUCGUGAUUGACAAGUUCUCCAAAAUGGGACACUUCAUCCCGACACACACCACAGCACGCACCGAGGAGACAGCACAACUCUUUGUUCGCUACAUCAUCUCACAACAUGGCAUUCCAACCACACUCAUCUGCCGACCGAGACCCUAAGUUCACCACUUGUUCACUCGCUCUCGGGUCAAAUUAGACCCACACUUUCGCUUCGUUUCAAAGCCAAAAUCAUCAGGCUCAUACCAGGCAGUAGAACCGAACGGCUGCUUCAGAUGUCAGUUAACGGCCUUCAUAGCAUAUAGGAAGCAGGUCUGCGAAUACACCUAGAUCUAGCUCCGAAACGGUAGUUCAGAGCAGUCGAAAUUCUCCUUCGCAUUGCAAGCAAGCUGCCGCUGCCCCCGCUGCCCCCGAUUCCCCCGCUACCCCCGCUGCCUGCAGUGAUUACGUUCUGAACAACCCCCGCGAUACCUGUGGGCGGAAACCAUCGGAUUGCUGUUCUUCACCGCGAGUUAACGUUCAAGCGAAGGAAAAGGAGACGCAGGAUGGAGCCUUCAGGGCUGCCAGUGUUCCAGGCUCCUAAACGAUUGGCGAUUGCGAGCGACGCCAUCGUGGCUGUCGCAUUCGUCGCACUCGCGACUGCCGGCGUCGCCAACGCUGGCCGACCGCAGCCUCGAAUUCUUCUCUCCAGCACCGGCACUGCGACGAUCGUCAUCUCCGUGAUCAUCGGCGUGCUCCUCGUUGCGCUCGUCGCGCUCGGAGUCAAGAUGCUGCUCGACAGAUCCAAAGCUUCCAAGAAGUCAGCCCAGUCCGAAGGCAAGAC